ACAAAGGCAAUUCUUGCUGGAAAAUGAGCUCAAAAUACGACGAAAUCAUGGCAACGAAGGCUUUUCUUCCAUAUCGAAUGGGAUAUCUUACAGAUUGGAUGAUUAAAAAAGCCAAAGCAGAAUUAAAUGAAACUGAUCAAAAUCGAGAUCCCGCUCUCGAGGAAUUCCGAAGUUUGAUAGCCAAAAAAACGGAAUUAGACUGCUGGACAGAUGAUGCUUAUUUAUUGCAAUAUCUAAGAUCAAGAAAAUUUAAUCUCGAAAAUGCCAUGGACCGUUUGCAAAAUUUUUUCACUGUAAAAAAGAAUUUUCCUGAUGUGUAUCCAGAAAACUUAGAUCUUCAUACAUUAAAAAAAGUUUUUGAUUCAGGUGUUUGUAGCUGUUUGCCAUACAGGGAUGACCAUGGUAGCUUCGUUUUUGUUUUCAAUAUAUCCAAAUGGGAUCCAGAUAUUUUAUCUUUUCAAGUUAUCGUUUCUGCAAUGACUGGGACAGUUUUGUGUUGCGUAGAAGAUCUAGCAACUCAGGUGUGUGGUGUCCAAAUUCUGGUAGAUAUGCAAGGUUUGUACAUGAAACAAAUACGUCAAAUCACGCCCAGAUAUAUUCAAUUAAUUUCUCAUGCUCUCAGAAAUACUCUACCACUAAUAUUUAAAGGCAUCCACAUAGUCAAUGAAUCAUUUCUUUUCGGUCCCAUCUACAGUGUCCUAAAGAUAUUUCUGUCUGAAAAGAUUAAAAAAAGGUUCCACUUCCACGGAAGCGAUACAAAGCACUUACAAAAAUACCUUCCAAAAGAUAUUUUGCCAGCCGAGUAUGAUGGUGAUAAUAUUCAUUACAGUACCCAAGAUUGGUGCCAAAGAGAAAUGGAGUUGUACUAUGAAAGAUACGCUCAAUUGCAUCAUAAGGGAUACUGCUAAUUGCACAACUGCUGUUGAUGCAAAUUAUUGGUGCAUAAGCCAAUUUUCAAAAACUAUUAUUUCACGUGUUGAUAUUGUGAUAUCAUAAUAAUUUAUAUCAUAGCCAUCGUCAAGCUUUAUAUUGAGCAAUAAAAGAAGAGCUAUUGAGUUAUAAAACUAUCACAGUAUCAUGUAAAUAUUACUCAGUAAAAAACAGUCUUACUUCAAUUAUUUUUAUUAUGAAAAGCGUGACAAAGAUCUGUGAAUUUAUUUCUAUUCAUAUCUUUGAUCAGUGUUAAUCUGUGAAAACUAAACACAACAAUAAGCAAAGACGAACUGUUAACUUUGGUACAAAGAUCAUUAAAUGUUUGUAUAACUUGCACAGCACAUAUUAUUGAAUAUCUGUAUUAUCUGAAACAUAUUUACUUCACUUUCUAAUUUUAUGAAACCCGUAGGCAUAGAGUGAGGGCGGCUCUCUUUUUGUUCUCAGAAAACUGUUUAUUUAAUUUAUAUACAUAUUUGCAUAUUUAUUUUUUAUAUGUAUGUACCUACAUAAAUGUGUAUAUAAAAUAUAAAAUAGACGAAUAGUUCUCUAAAAGCAAACAUUUUGUCCCCCUCACGCUACGAAUGAACCGAAUCAAAGUGAUUCUGUUCGCCUAUAAGCUUACAAAGACAUAGCGUUUCAAUUGAAAUGCAUAAAAUUAAAUGUAAUACAUCUUUUAUUGAGGAUGUAACAUUUUUAUAAUCGUUACAUUUGAAUUUAUUUGUGUUAAUGGUUGAAAAACUUGUUAACAACAAUGCUAUUUUCUCGUAUGUCAUAUCUUCUAUUUAUUCAAUAAAUUAACUAAUAUAUUUAGUAUACCCAUUGCUUAGUUUUCUAUUACAUAAGAAAUUUGCUUUCAGUAAAAUA